ACCAGUGUUGAAGCGUGCUGGCAGGGAAAGCGGGAGCCCCGAAACAAGGACAGUCGGUCGCGCCGAAACCGGUUGCGGGUGGAUUCGUUUUGUACCUCGGUGCCUCCGCCAUCUCCAAGUUCGACUUCGAGCCCGGAACCGGUCCGCAAUACAUUACUACUCUGUACAGAAUCUGUCCUUAAUACAUUACUACUCUGUACAGAAUCUGUCUUUAAGGAGUCUUGUCUCUGCACAUUAUUUACGUAAAGCACACACACGUCAUCCAGCGGCCUCGCUUCCAUGCUUGCUCGACAAGCUUAUGAACAACCACAAUGGAGUACGAAUGCUUGUGACAUCGAGAGCAGCGCGGCGCCUGGUGUCAGGGGCGACUCGCAUUGCUGCCCUGACGCCGACUGCGUCAGGCGCUGUGGGCUGACCCGAAGGCAGCACAUUCUUGAUGUGACACAGCGCUGUAAAGGAGCCUCCGUGGCGGCGCUUGAAAGGUUCUGGGGCUGUGGCAUGGCCACCAUUGCCACGGCUGCUCUCAUCUUCUCGGUCAGCUCGCUGUUCGUGAAAAUACUGGAACAGAGCGCGCACGUGCCCCCCGGCGAAAUUAUUCUCGUCCAGGGCCUGUGCUGCUGGUGCUCAACCUCCGUGCUCCUCAUCCUUGAGGAAAAGAGCGUGCAUAGCAAAACCUGGCGCGUUGCGUUCCUGACGCUGCUUCGCGGCUUCCUGGGCGCCCUGUCGAUGGCCUGCCUCUACACGUCUUUCCAGAUGCUACCGCUGCAAGACGCGGUGACGUUGUUCUUCUGCAGCCCCGUCAUCGCGGCGGUGUUGGAGCUGGUGGUGACACGCAAGUGGUCGGGCUGGGCGUCCGUGGCGGCGUCGCUGUGCACGGUGGCGGGUGUUGUGCUGGUGGCCCAGAGCUCGGUGGGCUCACGCCACAUGACACACUCGGUGGAGCAUGUUGUGCCGGCUGGCGGCACCGCGGGCAGUAGCGUUGCGGAUGAGGCCGGUGGCGGGGACGGCGGCACGAUGGCCGGAGAUGCUGCGGCUGCGGCGGCGGCUGAGUCCCUUAGUGUGAUGGGUGUGGUGCUGGCAACGGCGGCGGCAACAUGCAGCGCGGCCGCGUUUGUGAUUGUGCGCCAGAUCAGCUGCGCACAAACGGCGCUGGGGCUGACCUGGUGGUACCAUGGACUGGUUGUGAUGGUGGCAGCCUUGGCUGUGGGUCUACGCUACCCCUCUCCCGCCGUGUUGCCCUCCACCUCGGGCACCUGCAUGCUGCUGACCGUGGGCGUGCUGCAGUUCCUGGGCCAGCUGUUGCUCAACAGGGGCUUCCAGCUCAUAUCCGCAACACGCGGCGCCGCAGUCAACGUGCUGCAGGUGCCCUUCAGUUUCAUGUGGGGCGUUGUCAUCCUGGGUAACCGGCCCGCGCUUGUGAGCCUAGCCGGCGCUCUGCUGAUUGUAGUGGGAGUUCUGGUGGUUGCGUUCCAAGGUAACAAGGAUGCCGCGGCGGCGCAAGCGAGCAGCGGCACAAAGGAGGAGCGUGAAGCCCUCGCCGCGGGGACCACCAGCAGUGGUAGCUGCUGCGGCGAUGGCGCCGGCGACGCCGCCAGCAGCAGUAGCAGCGCCGCGGGCGGCAGCAGCGGGCCAACGCCGUCCGCAAGCAGCUCUGCUCUGGGCACCAUCAGUCCUGAGUUCUCGGAUUGCGCCAGCGUUGUCGUUGACAUGCACCAGCAUCCCGAGCUGCCGUACCCAACAUGGGCGCGUGCGGGUGCGCCGCUCCGUCUGCCGGCAGCGGCUGCGGCCACGGUGGGAGCGGCGGCGAUCGCCGCGGAUGCCGCUGCUGCUGCUGACGCAACUGCAGAUGUGUGCCAGGCGCCGGAGCUGCUGCUGAGUGACGAGCUGGCUUGCUGCUACAGCUGCGGCGCGGCGGACAGCGGGGCGUGCGGGUGUCGCACCUCCGGCCCGGAUGGGCACGCGUGCGGUGGCAGUGCCGGGGAGCUCUCCACGGACGCUGCGCUUGACCAUUCCUUUUGCGCAGCGGUGGAGUCCGCAGCGCUGUUGCCACAUGGGCACCACCAGCACAUAGAAUUGGGAGAGCGUCGUGGAGUAGGUGUGGGCAGCAGCAGUUGCGGGCCGCAUUCGCCGUUGGCCAGGGGUGUGGAGGGCUGGCUCCCUGCAGGCGUGCCGUCGCACCCAGCACACCCACACCCACAUUGAACGCCCCCGCCACAACCAGAACGUACAACAGCAGCGGCUGUGCCCAGGGCCAGAACCAGUAGUAGUGCUACUGCUGCUGGUGCUGCUGCUGCAGCUGCUGCGCUGGUGAGGCUGGCUCGCGGUGCUGCUGCGUGCGGGGCUCCUGGUUGGCAGAGGCGCCCGCACAUGUGAGCCGCCAGUGUGGUGCGUGGGCGGGGCAUGUCUUUGGCUUCUUUCGUUGCCAUGUACGGACUCCGGCGCCCAGCGGCUCCACAGCCAGAGACUUGCUGUGUGAUGUGGCGGCUGGAGCGCGCUUUCCGCGAGUAUUUAAUGUAGGGGUGCGUAGCGAGCGUCUGAUCGAAGAAAUUGUGUUUUUAGAGCGGGCGGUGCGUGUGAGUAUAUGGGCCAUCUGCCAUUACGAUGAGCUUCGUGAUAAACUGCAGUAGAAAGCGAGACAUACCCCUCCUCUUCUCAGAGGCAAACGAGACGCUUGCCGUUGCUUACGUCUGUUUAGCCCAGCUAUCUACAUAUGCCAUGGAAAGUGUGACGCACCCGGUGCGUUUGCGCUACAGCGCGAUUCAGCUCGAACCAACUAUCAUGAUCGAUUAUUCGCAGCUUCUUGUAUACGUGAUCUUCUUUCCA